CGCCAGUACCGGAAGACCACACUUCCCAGGAGUCUCUGCGGCCGCGCGGACCUGGAGCGCCGCGGGCAAACCGAUCUCGGUUUCCUAAGAAACUAAACCGCCUGGGCCUGUCUCCCAGAGCCGGCCAGUUAGGACCAUGCGCGAAGUGUCCUGGGGCAUACAGUCAUCCUGUGGUGAAAGAUACACCCCGGAACCAAGGGCCACUAUCUACUUUUAAGGACAAUGGCGCCGGGACCAAAAAACUACACUUCCCAGAAAACCGUGCAGCCGUGGCAAACUCUUCUGGGUCUAGCGUGCGCUCACACUAAUGUUUCUCUCCGGGGACGUGGGCCGACCUUACUGGUACCACGCGAGCUCUCGCCUUUGCUAGCAAAAGAGUUCCUCUCUUCCCAAACCUUGCUGCUACGCUGCCCACCUUAUAUGGUCUUUGAGGUUUUUUUGGAAUUCACUUUCUGGAGACUACAGCUCACAGAACGCCCUGGGCUGGACUGUGCCAGCUGUAGUUCGCGAACCAAGGACAUUUCCUGGAAAUGCAUGCGGCCACGUAUCUGUGACACAAAUGGCAGUUCUCAUGUGCGUUACGCCCCCUGGAAGGACUUGGAAAUACGGAACUUGAGUGAGCACUGGGAGAACAGAGACCCUCAUCCUGGGAGGAGUCACUCCUUCCGCAGUCAUCAGAGCCUGACAACCCCUUCUCACCAGAGGCGCUUCUUAGACCCUGACCUUGCCUGGCUCACCCAAAGGGGCAAUGGCCUUCUUUGUAUGCAAGCCAGAGCAGUCUACUGUUGGUGGGAACAGCCAGCUGCAGUGGAAAAGCACUGGCCUACUGGGCUUCGACCUGGGGAGGAAGGCUGGGAGACUGCAGCUGAAAGAUGUGGGCUCCAGGAGGGCCGCAGGGGGCCCAACAGCAGGGACCAGGGCCAGGGCAAGCUUGCACCUUCAGGUUUGAGGACACUGGGGGUGGUGGUGGCUGAAGGCCAGGGAAGUCACCAGGCUAGAGACAUCAUCUACCUGCAGGAGAGAGUUGAUAUUAGACAUUUCCCGUGCACCACUUUGAGCUAUCUCAGCAUCACCUGGGACAAUGGCUAG